CCAAAUAGACCCGAAACCCAAAACCCCUGUACGCUAAACCCCAUUACGAGUCGUAGGGAGGGAGGGACACAGACAAAACAAUCAUGGCGCAAUGGUGGCGCUCCGCCGCCGGCCACUACCGAACUAUGGCAGCGAGCCGUUGUUCGUCGUCUGCUUUCCGGUGCAGCCAUUACCAUACGAUCCAAGCCAUUCCAAGGGAGUGCACAGGCAGCAAAGUCUCAGCGAGAGACCGAGGGCAAGGUCGAAUACCCGCCGUCCUUUUCUCCCAGAACCUUCUGGAGAAAAAUCCCGACAAUCGAUCGGAAUCGAAGAAGUACUUGCUAACCGUCGAGAAGAAGCAGAUUAAGGCCAUUCUUAACUCCGUCGACGCUCCUACCUUCUGCUCCACCCGCUUCCAGCUCCAGAUCCGUGCGGGAUCCGGGUCCUCUCAUUUGGUCGAAUCCGGAACCGUUUUACCUAUCAAGAUUCAUAGGGACGAAGAGAGUGGGCAGAUUCUUAAUUUGGUGUUUGUUUGGGCUGAGGAAGGAAUGAAUUUGAAAGUGGAUGUGCCUAUUAUUUUCAAAGGGGAAGAUGUUUGUCCUGGUAUUCAGAAAGGAGGAAUUUUGAACAAAAUCAGACCUAGUUUAAAAUAUCUUGGCCCAUCUGAGCACAUUCCUUCAAAAAUUGUUGUGGAUGUGAGCAAUCUAGAUAUUGAAGAUAGAAUAUUCAUGCGUGACAUUGAGGUUCAUCCAUCCUUGAAGCUUCUCAGCAAGAAUGAAAACAUGCCCAUAUGUAAAGUAGUUCCAACAAGCUUGGGAAACAGAGAACCUAUUGUGGAGUGAUCAGUGAAGAUGAAUACAAGCACAUUUGGAAAAAUGGAGAUGACAUUCGAUUUCCAAAUAAGCAGAACUAACAUCUUAGUUUGGUGAUGUUUUCAAGCAUUAACGAGUACAAGCACCUAAGAUAUUAGAACUAUUUUGUAUGUUGGACGAAAUUGACGUUUCAAUAUAUUGACUGUUUAUUUCUAAUGGA